GCUCAUCCGCCGCCCUCCCGCUCCUUCGCGGCGCUGCCGGGGCCGCCGUCGGGGCUCAGUACUUUACUUCAGAUGGCUGAGAAAACAACCAAAGACCCCAAAGAUGUCCCCAGCUCUUCUCCUGAUGAAAAUGAAUUUCCUUUUGGAUAUCCCACUAGCAUUUGUGAAGAUGUUCCUGAUCAGAAGUACCUGUGCAGCAACUGCAAUAAUGUUCUGAAGAAAGCCCUGCAAACACUCUGUGGACACAGAUACUGCUCAGCCUGCCUCUCCUGGAUUGUGAGGAACAAUAAAAAUGCAAUUUGCCAGAAAUGUAAAGAGGAGGAUCCCAGCACUUCAAGUGAGGGAAGCCUGCUGGCACAAGAAAGAGCUUUUGGUGAUGCUGCCAUUAACAAAGAGAUUUCUGACCUCAAAGUACACUGUGUGACCCCUGGAUGCAGUUGGUCUGGUAUAAUGAAAAAUUUUGAAGAGCAUCAGAGUUUAUGUGAAUAUGCUUUAAUCCCUUGUCACACUGGUUGUGGGCACGUGGUGAUGAGAAUGAAACUUGCAGAUCAUUUGGAAAAUGGAUGUGUGAAUAAUGUGACCAUGUGUCAGAAGUGUAAGCAGAGCUUAUCCAGCAGUGAAUACCAAGAACAUUCAUGUGAAGGCAACCUAGGUAAGGAACAAAACUGUGUGCAAACAGAAACAUCAUCAAAGGAAAAGAGCUGCUCUAUACCCUCCAUCAACAAAAAUGGAUGUCAUUUCUCUGAAGUUGGCUGUUCAUUUAGGGGAAGCAAAGAGAAGAUGAAGGAGCAUGAGAAAACUGCAGUUGGGGCCCACAUGCUGCUUUUGCUGCAGCACAUAAAGCAAAUGAAGGAAAGCUUGUGCACUGCUGCCAAAGCUGCAAAGGGUUUCACCCCACAGCCAGAGCUGAAUGUGAAUGGUGCAGGGAAAAGCAUUUCUGAUCUGCAGAUCCCAGGGGGGCUGGAAAUCACUGGGGAUCUGGAAGUUGACUGUUUGCCUGGAUCUUUUGUUUCUGAAGAUGAAUCUGUUCUGCAACAACUUGUGAGGGAGAAAGUGAUUUUGGAGCUAGAAAAUAAGCUGCACGUGUUUGAGAAUAUUGUGGCUGUGCUCAAUAAAGAGGUGGAGACCUCUAACUUGGAAAUCACAGCCUUUCGGAGACAGAAUGAACUUGAUCAAAAUGUAAUACGAGGCCUUGAGCUGAAGAUUGCAGAGUUGCACCGAUGCCUGACACAGAAGGAUGCAGGCCUGAGCAGCCUCCACAAGAGCCUUCUGUUCUCUGAGCAGGCUUCCUAUGAUGGGGUCUUUCUGUGGAAAAUAACAGAUGUUGGCAGGAAGCUACAAGACUCAGUGACUGGAAGAACAGUCAGUUUGUAUUCACCAGCUUUCUACACUGCAAAGUAUGGCUACAAGGUCUGUCUGAGGGUUUAUCUGAAUGGGGAUGGGGCAGGAAAAGGAACCCACAUGUCCCUGUUCUUUGUUGUCAUGAGAGGAGACUACGAUGCACUGCUCCCCUGGCCUUUCAGACACAAGGUUACAUUUAUGUUGCUUGACCAAAACAACAGGGAACAUAUAAUUGAUGCAUUUCGUCCAGAUUUGACCUCUGCUUCAUUUCAGAGACCAGUGAAUGACAUGAAUGUUGCAAGUGGCUGCCCCAUGUUCCUCCCUUUGUCCAAAUUGCAGUCACCUAAGUAUGCUUAUGUGAAAGAAGACACACUUUUCCUUAAAUGCAUUAUAGAAACAAAUUAGUAAAUCCUGAAAUAUGAGUGUCUGGUAAAUCACCCACCAAAUUUCAUCAGUUUACAAGAAAAAAACCAAAAUGCAUCAGCUUAAGAGCCUAUGUUUUCCUGUGCACAGAAAAUGCAGAGAGCCUGAGCCUGUGCUCCACUGGAUCAGUUCUCACCAGCUGAAGAUUUACCUCCUAGAGUCUGCAGCCCCUGAGCAUGCUGAGUGCUCUGCCCAGUGCCCCGUGGCACUCGGUGCUACUGCACAUGAGAGCUGUCAGUAUUUCAUCACAACACCCAAUACUCCAGGUUUAGGUGUAGGUUACUGUCCCUCCCCUGCAGAGGAACCAUGGAAAAAGGCACUGCUCUCCCUUCCUCAGACCCUGCCCAGCUCCUGGUGCCAUCCUGCCUGGAGGGCUGGUGGGGAGUGGGCACCCAGCUCCCUCCAGCACCCAUGGAUUAGCAGUUCCUGGGGUGCAAGGCGUGAAGCUGAGCUCUCCCACCCUCUGGCAGUGCCUGGCAUCUGUGGCUCCCUUUCCCAGGUGGAGCAGGACACCUGCCAGACUCCUGGCUGGCAGCCCUGGUGCAGGAUUUCUGCUGCUCCCCCAGCAGGGACAAGGGCAGAUCCUCCCCUGGGGUUCUGAUCAGGUGUCUCAGCUAAUUGAUGACCUUUAAAGCAGUGAGUUGUGGCCAGCGUUUGUAGCUUGAAGUCCUUACACCAGAUGAUUUUUUUUCUUUGCUAUUUAUUUUAGACUUAUAUUUUUGUGCUCUGUAAAGAGAUGUUCUAUUGCAUCAGCAACCAGUGAGCCCUGGGGAAAUUGCCUCAUGUGUUUCCAAAGGAGUCAUUUGACUUUCCCAUUUCAGACAUGAAUCUCUGGGUGUUAUUAACCCCUGGGAAGUCCAGCAAUGGUAAGGACCCCUCAGGAGCUUUGUUUGAAGCUGUUCAGUCACUUCCUGAAACUUCAGGGCAAGUGACUUAUUGGAAAGUAUUGAUCUUUUUUUUUUCCUUGCUUAAUUCUUUUUUAUGUGUUCUGAUGUUUAAGCCUUUUUACAUGCUAGAUAGAAAUAACUAAUAGAUGUGGUUUUGUCUUUAUUUUUAAAAAUAGACGUAAGGGAUGAAUCUAUUUUUUUAUAAGCAAGUCAAGUUUGGAAAUGUCUGAAUGAGCGUGAAGUUCAAAUGCUCACCUUAUCCCCAAAAAACAACAAGUUUCACCCUCAUUGUUCCCUGCUUAGCAACUGCUUGACACACCAGUGGAGGUGAGCUGGGUUUUGGUACAGCAGCUUCAGAACUUCCAGCAAACUCAUGCUCAGUUACAGCUUGUCCAGGACCAUGAGGUCCUCUGUGGGAUGGGGGGGAUGCAGUGCCCAAAGCCAGGACCUGAUCUUGCAGGCAGAAGCCAGGUGUGUAUUGAGAACUGAAAGGCCUUGAUGCAAUUACUUUAUUCAUUUUUCCUCUGCAAUAUUUCCUGUGUCUCUGCCGAAAACACAAAGCUUACAGACAACGUUGUGACUGUUCUGUGAGAAUCACAGACUCGUAGGAGAAAGGAGAA